CCGGCGCUGCCGGUGCCUGGGGGUCGGGGCGCGGGCGAGCCGGGCCGCGGGGGACCCAACAGGCCAAAAUCCUGAGCAUGAUGGAAGACAAUAAGCAGCUCGCGCUCCGCAUCGAUGGGGCGGUCCAGUCGGCCAGCCAGGAGGUGACCAACCUGCGAGCCGAACUCACGGCCACCAACCGGAGGCUGGCGGAACUGAGCGGCGGCGGCGGCCCCGGCCCGGGCCCGGGAGCCGCGGCCAGCGCCUCGGCGGCGGCGGACUCGGCGGCGGCGAACAUGGAGAACCACCAGCUCGGCGCGCAAGGUAGGGAUCGCCCCGCGCCCAGGGCGGAGGGGAGGCGCCGGCACGCCCGGCCCCCGCGCCCGGGAGGGAUCGCUCCGCAUCGCGGCUCGUAA